AUGCCUCCUACCACCAGGUCCCGUACACGCCAGUUGGCCCUCAAGAAGACUCGCAACGAAGGUCGCCGCACUCGCAAAAUAACGGUUACGAUCGACUUCAAGUACUUCCCUCACAUCAUCGAUGGCAUCAUUGCCGCGUCCGACUGGAACACGCUCAUGGCCCUCCGACAGACCUGCCGUUCGUUGUGCACCGCCGUCGAUACUCGGAUGUGCUACCAUGUCGUCUUGGAUAUAGAAGAGGAGGGGUAUGAACCUCGCUUCAUCUCGCCUUAUGGUCGCAUUCCGGUGCUCCAAGACUGCCUCUCCAACUGGCACGUUGCCCAGCCUGGCCGUGAAGCCUCCCGCCAUCGGGCGUUCACCGCACUGUCCAAGACCAGGUUGCUCGAGAUCCACUGUCCUCGCUCCUUCCUUGAAUGUAUGGAACCCAAGUCCGAAAAUGAUUACAGUCCAACACCGUUCGACUACCUCCAGAGUAUCUCCUAUCAUGACGAAGAAACAUGGACCUACCUAGAGCCAGAACUCGGCCUCAAAGCUUCAACAGUUGUGGUCUUUGGAAAGAUUGCAUACCGCGCCUGGUUUGACGAAGACGAACGGGAGAACCGCUUCAUGGCAAAAGUACUGCCCAUGGACCAGAUUGAUUGCGGCACGCGCAAGUUGGUCAUCAACGUACUCGGGGACAUCCUUGAAACUGUUGAAUUGGAUGACGACCCCUUCGACGACGCCAACAUUAUUCCAAGCGAGCUCCCUGAGCUUGUGUUGAUCUUCACCAACUGCAUCCAUUUGGACGAUUCUGAACACGAAAGCUGGAACUGGCCAAUAGAUGGCAUUGACCGACGGGAAUGGGUCUUGCAUGUCGUCUUCACCGUCUUCAAGUUUCAACCUACCAGUCACGUCACCAUUGUUGACCUCGCCGAUGUCGAGUACGACUGGAUGUUUGACGACAUGACUCGCAACCCAUCCGACCCGUUCCCACACAAGACGGCUCUAACAAACGAACUUCACAAGAUAGCCAACACGGUAGAAUCUAUUUGGGACCCCACCGCUGCCAACAGAGACCUUUUUCAACGCGUUCGCCUCGCCAUCGAUUCCAUCGAUUUCAUCACCAUGGACGAAUACGCUGAACGCCUGGAACCAGGAGAGCUGGAGUGGGAAACUGAAGAUAGGUUGUAUCAGUGA